AUGAAGACUGUUGACGCUCUCGCCUCCUUUCUCCGUCCAGCUGCCACUGCCGCCAUGCUGGUUCUCCUGCCGCUGCUUCUGAUUGGCUGGGCCGAAGAGGCUGUUGCACACCCAAUCAGCAAAGCUCUUAGCCCACCACUACACAGCGAGGAGACGUAUCAAAUUGUUGGCGACGUGGCACAACACGUAAGUCAUUUCUAAUAAACAAAUAUUGACAUUAAUGAUUGAAUUUUGAGUUUUUAUCCAGGAUUUCAAAAUGAUAAUCACAAUCACAUUUUAAGUGUUUUUAAUGUAGCUAAAAAAAGUAGUGAAAAAAUCUGGUAGCUUCUCAAAUAAUGCUUCAAAUCUCAUAAACUUGCAGUAUUUUAGUAUUGCAGUACCUAUUAAAUGGAUGUACUGCUGUCAAAAGGAUGAUAUUUCUCUCCUGACUGAAGUUUAUUUAAGAUUUGUAAAACUGGCAUUUGACAGGCAUUAUUAACGUAUAUAGAACAAAUAUUCUUGGCUCUCUUUACUUCUAAGAUUCAAAGAUUAAUACCAAAAAGCUGGCCUAAAAUCCAAAAAUACUGCUAUAAAAUUUCUGGAAAAAUUAAGAUUUAUAGUUGUGAUAUUUCAGCACUUAUGGCUUUCUGUAGCUUUUUAAAGCAAUAAUAUAUCACAGGUUUUCCAUUGCGAUAGAAAUCUGGCAUUACUUCUCCCAUUAUCAGAUCAUAUAAAGUUUUGUUAUUGAAACUAAACAAAAACUGAGAUUGAAUAUCACUAAUUGGCCCUUUUGGUAGACCAGAGUCAAUUCUCUCAACAGUUUUCCUUUACUGCCUUUAAUUUUAAAAUUUUCAAUUUAACGUUCAAAGUUUUUUGUAUCAAUUUUGAUAUUUUGGCCAAACUUGGAUGAAAAGCUUGACUUAAUUUCUAAUUCUGUAGUUUUGGCACUAAUGGCACUCCAUAAACUUUCAUGGCAGGAAUUUUAAAGGUGUUGAUUUUCGGUGAAAGUUUGAAGUCAGUUCUGAAAUGUUUAGUUCAGAGUUUUUGAGUACUUCAACUUUGGCAAUGAUUUUGGUAUAUUUGCUUACCCUAAACUGAAAAUUUCAGAUUUGUAAUAGUUUAAUUUUGUAACUUUGUGUUCCCCCAAAUUUGAAUAACAGCCCUCUUUUACAGCAGAAAUCCACAUCGAUUUAGCUACAACCUUAAAUAGAAAAUCUAACAUUUAUAAAGGUGUUUCGUUUUGACGCAAACAGCACUCCAUCUGUUUUUGUUUUUUUUCAUACAUUUUCAUCUCUUUCAUCAAAUUUAUUCAAUUUCAGCUUUACAUUAUGUCAUAUAUUCAUCUUGGGGGGGUGCAAUUUUAAUACCAUGAUCAUAGUGAAUCAGAUUUCAGCAAAUUUCACGGUACAGAGAGAGGUAUAAACACAUUGAAGUUGCCUUAAACAUACCUAAGAACUGAUUUUUUUUAAAAUUUUAACCACAGAUAAGAUUUUUUAAUAACCGUUUUGAGAAAUUAGAGGAAUUCAAAUGGCUGCAGAUGUUUUCUUUUGGUGUCAAGCUAUUUUCAAGGUGCAAAAAAUCUGAUUUUCAAAGCAAAUUUGUUUUUCUCUAUUUCUUAGGCUCAGGGUUUGCAGACUGAAGACGACACCAGCGUCAGGCUGAUUCCCAGAGUCAUCCCCAACCAGGUGAGAAACAAUACCAACAGCUUUUUAUGUUACCAAAAACUAAAUAAAAAUCCCAAUUGGGACAUUUAGAUGAUCUUAUCUUGACCGUUGACCUCUCCCACUCCUCCAGGACCACCUGAAAAUCUGCUGCCUCCAUGCUAACAUCCUUGACUUCUACCUGAACAAUAUCCUGCGUCACCAUGAAAACGCACAUCCCCACAUGAAUCGUCUGGAGACUGACCUGACCCGAGUCAGCGAGGACCUGCAGAACCAUGGCUGUGUGAGUAUCAGGAGAGAUAAAAUGUUGAAGAUUAGACAGGAAGCUCUCCAGAAAGACUAAAACCACAGCAUCCAAAUUACAAAUUUUAGGUUUUCAGUGCAACAUUAUCCUGAACAAGAGACUUUAGCCCAGUUUUAAACUUCAACUCAUGCCAUAUUGAAUGUUGUGUUCAAGCUUUCUUUUAUUUUGUCCUCCAUUCCUGAGACAGUAAGAUACUCAAUCAGACAAACUGUACUGUGUGUUUUAUGUGGUUGGGAUGUGGUUGAUCUCAAAAUCGAUAAAACGAACACAAGCGUCAGAGAUAGCACUGAUAAGAGAUGCUAACCUACAUUGCCUGUCUGUUUCUGCAGAAUGUGACUCAUUAUCGUGACCACCAUAAUGCUGUGGAGUUCACCAAGAAGCUGAAGAAGGUGAGAGUUCAGGUCUUAGUUCGUACAAUGCUAACACUUUGGGUUUUUGUCUGAGUGUUUGCGCCGUCGCUAACGUGUCUCUGUUUGUUCCAGAUGGAGGGUGGGCAAGGAAUUGUCAAAGCCAUGGGAGAGAUCAACAUCCUGUUCACCUACCUGCAGGACUACUGCGUCGAGCCCAAAAAUACUACCACUGCCUAA